UAAUUAAAUGGAACUAGUUCUAUAAAAGAGAAACAAGAGAUGGGCUGUGAGGAUGUAGAACAUUCACAGAUCCUUAUUUUUCCUCUCAGUGACCAUCUGCGCAACCAAAAAAUGAGCUGCUCCUUGUUGAAUCCGGUUCCAGUUGGUUCGGGUAGAUGCCAACUCCCGAAGCAACAUCUGAGCCUUCGUCCUUCGUUGAGUACACAUUUUCCCGGAGCUCUGUCGCGUCAUGGAUGGAGAGCAAAAAUGGUAGGACCGGUGAGACCUAAAUUCGUCCUGUUUGGUUCUUCUAUAGUUCAGUUCAGCUUUGGCGAUAGAGGAUGGGGUGCUGAUAUUGCCGAUUUGUAUUCCCGUCAGGCAGAUGUAAUUUUACGUGGCUAUGGUGGUUGGAAUUCAAGCCGAGCACUACAAGUCGUGGAUGAAAUCUUUCCAAAGGAUUCAAUCAUCCAACCUUCUCUGGUUAUAGUAUACUUUGGUGGUAAUGAUGCAGUCAUUCCUCUUCCUUUUCCGGGUGGUAGUCAUGUGCCACUUCCUGAAUUCAUCAACAACAUGACCAACAUUGUCUGUCAUAUCAAGAGCCUCUCGGCAACAACUCGCAGCAUCUUCCUCACACCACCGCCGGUAAACAGUGAGCAAAUUAGAGAGCUGAUGCCGGGACUUGAGAAGCUUCGAACGAUGGAGAAUCUUGAGAUCUAUACGGAUGCGAUAAUUGACAUUUGUAGGGACAUAGGCGUUGAAUAUGUUGAUUUGUUUCGUGCCGUUCAGAGGAGAGAUGAUUGGCUAACUUUCUUCACGGAUGGAGUCCAUUUUAAUGAAGAAGGAAGUCGCGUAGUUUUUGAGGAAAUUAAGAAUACGAUUAACAGGGCAAAUUGGGUACCAAGUUUGGCUGCGGGAUCCAUGCCAAUUGAAUUCGAAAAUAUCAGAAGACUGGGUUCCUUUACCUUUGAAGGCUCAAGAAUCAUUCUGGAUUAAUUUUAACUACUGCUCCAUGCUCCCUUUUUAGACUUCAAUAAAGGGCCUAUUGUGAUGGGAUCCAAACUUAUAAAUUAUUGCUUAUGCUUUAAAUAGUUGAACUGUGUUCGAUUAGCAUUAAAAUAACUAUUUGAGUUCAUAUUUGAUAAUUUACUAAUUUACUAUCAUUAUUGUUUC